CUCAGUUGCAUGGAAUUGGAAGUAUGGUGUGACACGUGGCAACGUGUGGAGGCUUGUGAUACGUGACCCUUCUCCACACCUCUUUUGAUCGCAAAGCUCCGACACCUUCGGGUCAUUUUAUAACUCCACUUCCUCACCCCUUUCUUCGAUUUCUUCUUCUACCUUCCCUCUCUCGCUUCUCCUUUGGUACAAUUCCUCCGGCGACGAUCUCUUUCUUCGGUCAUUUUUCUCGCCGGCGAACGCUUCUUUCCUCCGUUUUCCGCCGAGCUUGUUCGGAUUUGAAUAAUAUUUUCAAACCUCAAACGCAGCCAUGAAUCCUGAAUACGACUAUUUGUUCAAGCUUUUGCUGAUUGGAGAUUCUGGUGUGGGCAAGUCAUGUCUCCUACUGAGGUUUGCUGAUGACUCAUAUCUUGACAGCUAUAUCAGUACCAUUGGAGUUGACUUUAAAAUUCGCACUGUGGAACAAGAUGGAAAAACUAUUAAACUUCAAAUUUGGGACACUGCUGGUCAAGAACGUUUCCGUACUAUCACUAGCAGCUACUAUCGUGGGGCCCAUGGCAUUAUAGUUGUUUAUGAUGUCACUGACCAAGAUAGCUUCAACAAUGUUAAGCAGUGGCUGAAUGAAAUUGACCGUUAUGCAAGUGAGAAUGUUAACAAGCUUCUUGUGGGAAACAAGUGCGAUCUAACAGCUAAUAAAGUUGUGUCCUACGAGACGGCAAAGGCAUUUGCGGACGAAAUCAGGAUUCCUUUCAUGGAAACUAGUGCAAAAAAUGCAACCAAUGUGGAACAAGCUUUCAUGGCAAUGGCAGCUGAAAUUAAAAAUAGGUGCUAUACUUGCGGAAAUGUCUACAGCCAAUGAACAAUGCGAGGCCUCCAACAGUUCAAAUCCGAGGACAGCCAGUAAACCAGAAGUCCGGUUGCUGCUCGUCUUAGGGGAGCGGGUGAAACAUCGGUGGUCUUGGACGUUUAUGUGUCUCCAUGGCAUGUAAUCUAGUUCUUCACAUAAUGCUAUAAUGUCAACAUUGUUCAUGAUUUGCUUCUUACAUUGUUCAGCUCGUUGUUAAAACUUCCAUUCUUUUUCAAUGUAUUUGAUUUAAAGAACAUUUGUACAAAAUUAGGAAUAUCGGUGAAUAGCAGUAUUUGCCUUGUUCUUUGUCCAAUUCUCAUUUUACAUUAUGCAUACACCUUCACGUA